AAAUCUUCAAUUUUUGACGUGUUUGAUUUAACAGAUUGUUAACUGAAGCAAAAACUAUGUGCUCGUUCCAAUGGAUUAUCUCAUCGUGAAUAGCUUGUCAAGAUCGCUAAUGUUUAUCUUGUGAAGACAGCAACCCCAGAUGACGUAGGAAACUGCACAGCAAUGUUUUUGUCCGUUCUGUUUUCAAUACUUGUUUAUGGAGUUUUAGCAGCAUACCGCAGAGAAGGGGAAAAGUUUCACUCCCAACCCAAGACUGUUAACUUACGUGGAGCCAUCAUAAAAGUCAUCCCUGCUCUCCAUGACAAUUACAUGUACUUGAUAAUUGAUGAGAUCACCAAAGAAGCAGCAGUCAUUGAUCCUGUUGAGCCUCAGUGGAUUCUAGAAGACCUGGAGGGGGAGGAUUAUCGACUGACCAAGAUCUUGAACACCCACUAUCACAAAGAUCAUACCGGGGGCAAUCGAAAGUUGCUGAAGGAUUACCCAGAGAUCCCUGUGUACGGGAAGGAUGACAGAAUCGAUGGGUUGACGACAAUGGUGGAGGAUAACGAGCGGAUACACAUCGGUGCGCUGGACAUGGACGUUAUACAUACACCUUGCCACACCACGGGAGACGUGUGUUACGUGCUGCGUACCAAGCCUAGAGUCGUGUUUACAGGGGACACUUUAACCAUUGCUGGAUGUGGAAGGUUCUUGGAGGGAACAGCUGAUCAAAUGUACAAGAACUUAUACUUCAAACUAGGAGUCCUGCCUAAUGACACUCUGGUGUUCUGUGGGCAUGAGUUCACAUAUCCGAACUUAAUGUACGCUUCACACGCUGACCCUUACAACAGAGAUGUCGGCCGGAAGUUGAAUUGGUCAGAGGUUAUGUUGGAAAAGCGUCUCCCUACCGUACCUUCUACAAUAGGCGAAGAAUGGCAGACCAACCCCUUCAUGAGAGUGGACACCCCCGACGUGCAAUGGAGAAGCGACUCCAACGAUCCAGUCAAAACUCUGGAACACAUUCGGAGGGAAAAGGACAACCACAAAGUGAUAUAGGAACUACCAGAAUACGUUGAUAAUUUAUUAAAUCCUUGUCCAUAGCCCCAAAACUGAGUUUAGAUUAUCUUUGUUUAUAUGAAUAUGUUGUCGUUUGCAGUUCCAAAUCGUUGACUUGGUGUUAAAGAUAAUAUCAAUUAUGAUGGUGUGUAGGAAGGAAGGGUUAUGCAAGAGAUCAAAAAGAUGACUGUACAAGAGCAAUGGUGAGGAAGGAUUCAAAGCUCAUGUGCAUCCUGAUCGCCACUUUAAAUGAUUCAACUAUACAAGUUUUGGCUGUACGCCUUUAUGAAACACCCUUUGUCAGGAAACAUAAUUAUCGACUAUUGUUUUAUAGAAAUUCACAACAAUUACAAUUAAAGUACAGUCAAUAAUCAAGAAUCAAGUCGACAUGCCAAGGACACUGACAGGCA